AUGUUCACAUUAGAUAAAAUUGCAAAUCAAUUAUCUUAUCAAGAAAAAUCGAAUUGUGUAUUUGAACAAUUAGGUAAAUGCUCAAUAAACCGUGAAAUGGGUAUCGUAUGCAAAGAACAUGCGAGACAAGUUUUCGGUAUUGGCUUGUUGAACGCUGUUCUUGCGUUACCAACCGGCGAAACAAGACUUCAUGGACUUGUAGCGACUGAAUCACGUACAACAUUCUUACCGUUUCCUUACGAGUUCCGAUGGAAUAAUGGACAGCUAAAUAAGGAUGAAAAACCGUGUCGUUUUAACCAAGAAGAAAUGAUCACUGUAAUUAAAGACUACGUUCGGCAAUCGGAAAUCUAUUCACCGGAAUUGGCUUUCAGAAUUGAAUCAGCAUUGUUGAGCUUAAUAUCUGAUGGUGCUGUGUAUAAUAAAGCACUACCUCAAGCGUCUUACAAUUAUCACGUGUUUUGCAACCAAAAUAUUAGAUCGUAUUUGAUGAAACGAUGGAUAAACUGUUGGGUUGCUGUUAAACACUUCGCAAGAGAUGAAAAUAAUCGAAUUAAUAGAAAUGGCAUUAGAUUUGAUGAGUACCCAGUUAACCAAUUGCCGGUAUUCUAUCAAAUAAUGCUCAUGUACUUACCAAUGAGCUAUAAUACUGUUGAUACCAACACAAACCCUGACGCAACGAAUACUUCUGAGUUAUUAACCCCCAGAAUUAUAUUAAAUGCCGAUCAACAUCGCUUUGAAUAUUGUAAUCAUCAAGAACCAUCAAAAUUAUGUCUGUUACGAGGUAACGCUACCUCCGCAACUCCACUUGUACUGGCCGGUAGACAAGUACAUAAAUACAACAUUGAGUUGUUUAAACAAAGUUCAUACUACACCUAUUCAUUGCUUGAUCAAUUCGAUACUUGUCCCUCUGGAAAUGUUUAA